AUGGCCUAUGAGCCAAGAGGCGAGCCUUAUGGCCAUAAGGGCGGCGACGGGCAGGACGGCCCUCCGAGGGUUCGCGGACGAAGACCUGUGACAGACUACAGCGCGACAGUCACGCGAUGGCUUCGAGACCGGGGCCCUCUUUACAAGCCCGCCUUUCUAGGCGAAGCUGAACGCCCGGGCAUGAGCUAUAUUGUCGAUAUGGUCCCACCCGUUGGCCGCCCAGCCAAGCCGGCUGAUACGAUACCUAUCAAACAUCUUCAUUCCUCCCUCAACAAAAUCAAACAUCCCGUCAACGUUGUCCGGUGGACACCUCAGGGGCGCCGCCUCCUCACCGCGUCGACCAGUGGCGAGUUCACGCUAUGGAACGGCACGGGGUUCAACUUUGAGACGAUUAUGCAGGCGCAUGAUUCCGCGAUCCGAGCUUUAGAGUAUUCCCACAGUGAUGAGUGGUUAAUAUCGGGCGACCACGACGGCGUGAUCAAGUAUUGGCUGCCCAACUUCAACAACGUCGAGAAUAUCAAUGCGCAUAGCGACCCGAUCCGCGAUCUGGCCUUUAGUCCACAGGACAACAAAUUCGUCACGGCAUCCGAUGAUUCGACGCUGAAGAUUUUCGAUUUCGCGGAGGGUAUUGAGGAAUCGAAGCUGGAAGGCCAUGGCUGGGAUGCAAAAAGUGUGGACUGGCAUCAUCGCCUUGGCCUGAUUGUCUCCGGGUCCAAGGACCAUCUUGUCAAGUUGUGGGAUCCCAGGCAACGAAACUGCUUGACGACAUUGCACGGGCACAAAAGUACGGUCACCAAGGUCUCUUUCGAGAAAGUUCAAGGCCACUGUCUUGCAACAUCGGCACGGGACCAAACAGCUCGCGUCUUCGACCUACGUAUCAUGCGCGACAUCUGUCUUCUCAAAGGUCACGAGAAGGACAUCUCGACACUGACGUGGCACCCUGUGCACGCGAACCUCCUGUCAACGGGAGGUAUGGACGGUGCCAUCCAUCACUAUCUGCUCGACACACCCAACCCUCCUCCAGGGCAGGCCCUGACCAUAUCGCCCUGGGACAGUCCGGAUCCAACAUCGACACCACCCCAGUCCAUCUGGCCUAUGCACAAACUUCCCUUUGCCCAUGACUACGCGGUGUGGACUAUGGACUGGCACCCUCUGGGCCACAUUAUGGCUUCCGGCUCCAACGACCGCAUCACGCGCUUCUGGACUCGUGCGCGACCCGGUGAUACAGACGUCGCUCUGGAUCGGUACCACAUUGGUGAGGCCGCCGCCGAGGCUCAGGGCACGUGGGACCGCAGAGGCAAUAGGAAACAACGGCAGGAAGAGGAGAUGCAGGAGUUGGACGACGAGGCCGAUGCCCUCGUGGACCAAGACUUUCGUGCUGGGCCUGGUAUCCCAGGCCUACCGCCCGGUCUUCAGCUUCCUGGCUUGGGCAACUCUGUUCCUCCGCCCCCCCCACAGAUUCCCGGGGUCGGCGCCGGCGGACCUGUGCCACCACCACCCAUCCCACCUCCUGGCAUGAACGGUGCGCUGCCGCCCUUGCCAGGGUUGGAUCCGAACAACCCGCCCGACCCAGCCACCAUUCUCAAGAUGCUACAGGAUGCGGGUAUGCCUAUACCUCCGCCCGGCAUGCCUCCACCAGGCUUCAUGCCCCCUCCUCCUGGCGCAGGCGGCAUCCCCCCACCACCCCCCGGAGGGUUCCCUGUUCCUCCCCCAGGUAUCCCUGGCAUGGGAGCGCCUCCAUCAGCUGCGGAUGCUGAAAAUGCACGCCGGGGACGGGCACCCCUGCCUAGUCAAGAGGACAGUCUGAAGAGCGAGCAGCGGCAGGGACGCUACACGAGAGCUAGAUAG